UAAACACAAUGUGUGUGGGAACAAACAGGGAAAAUAAAAACUCAGCAGCAAUGAGGCUCUUUAGGAUCAGGAAUGAGGAAUCUGCUUUACAGACACGCCUGUUUUGCACACGUCAUUCAAAAACAGAACCAGGAAACAGGAACCACAUUUCCACAUUUCAGUUCAGGGAAAGUGAAACUGAAGUGUAGUUGAGCUGUUGUGUGUUUGUGUCUCUGCAGUAAAAUGGCAGAAGCCAGAUUUUCUCAGGAUGAGUUCAUGUGUUCAGUGUGUCUGGAUCUCCUGAAGGAUCCAGUGACCACUUCCUGUGGACACAGUUACUGUAAGAGCUGUAUUACAAACUGCUGGGAUCAGGAGGAUCAGAUGAGAGUCUACAGCUGCCCUCAGUGCAGACAGACCUUCAGUCCAAGACCUGCUUUAGCUAAAAACACCAUGCUGGCUGAAGUGGUGGAGAAACUGAAGAAGACUAAAAUUACUGCUGACUGUUACGCUGGAGAUGGAGAUGUGCAGUGUGACGUCUGUACUGGAAGAAAACACAAAGCCGUCAAGUCCUGUCUGAUGUGUCUGAAUUCUUACUGCCAAAAUCACCUUGAUCAACAUGAGAGUUGGUUUAAAGGAAAGAGUCACAAUCUGACUGAAGCCACUGGACGACUGCAGGAGAUGAUCUGCCAGAAACAUGACAAGAUCCUUGAGGUUUUCUGCCGCACUGAUCAGAAGUGUAUAUGUGUGCUGUGUAUGGAUGAACAUAAAAACCACAUUACUGUAUCAACUGCAGCACAGAGGACAGAGAAACAGCACCAGCUGAAGGAGACACAGAGGUUGUUCCAGCAGAGGAUCCAGCAGAGAGAGAAAGAUCUUCAGCAGCUGAGAGAGGCUGUGAAGUCUCAUAAGCGCUCUGCACAGACAGCAGUGGAGGACAGUGAGAGGAUCUUCACUGAGCUCAUC